AAACCUAAAUCUGCCAAGUCUGCUGAGAGGGAGGAGAAGAGAGUCUUGGGACUUGUACUGCUCAGAGGUGAGAAUAUUGUGAGUAUGACCGUUGAAGGCCCGCCUCCACAGGACGAAGGUAUGCCUCGUGUACCAGUACCCGGUGGCGGCGGUCCUGGAAUGGGAAGAGCGGCGGGACGUGGAAUCGGCGGUCCAUCCGGCGGGCAACCCGGUCUUUCAGGUCCAGUGCGUGGUGUUGGUGGUCCAUCUCCUCAGAUGAUGGCCCCGGGUGCGCAUGCGUCAGCACCUCCGAUGCGUGGAGCGCCUCCCGGCAGAUUUUAAAUCAUCUGCGCAAGCGUCAAUUCCUUAAUUGCUAUGACUUAACUACCAUCCUCCCGAAUGUGUUUUUCAACACGGAUUUAUUCAUAAAUUUCAAAUUUGUAAACAUUACAUUUUUUUCAUCAAUAAACUUCAUUCCUUUAAA